AUGUCGGGUAAGGUGAACGGAGAAGCCUUGGACACAAAGAGCCCCAGCAAAGAGGCUGGAGACAUCAUCUACUGGAAGUUCGGGGCAAGCAAGAAUUUUGAUGCCUAUCAUCCUUCAUCUGGAGCGAUUCGCAAAGUUUUCAUAUUGGUUGCGCUGCUGCUCUCGGCGGUUGUUGGUUUCAUCUACAUCAUCGACCAGUUUUUGAUAAGAGGCUUCUGCAUCCUCCCCAUUGCUUUCGCUCUCUAUUAUUUUGUUUUCUGCACCAUCCAUCUCUGGUUUCAGUGCAACUGGACAAUCUGGUGGACGACGCGUAGAGGGCUGACUUUCGAGUCAAGGUUGGUUGCGCUGCUGCUGAGAGGUGACGCUGAGUUGACUCUUGGCAGAAACAUCGUCGUGACCUCGAGAGAAUCGCAGAUCGCAAAGUUGAAAGCUAGGUUGGAGCAAAGCAAGGCAAAGGUGUCAGGGUAUCGCCCAAAGAUUCUUUGCGUAGCUGGUUAUGGCGGAGGAGGACACGAGGCUACCCUGAAUGGCGUCCGAGCCGUCAUGAACGAAGCUGGCUUCUGGUCAGAAGUCGUGGAUAUUCCUGUUGGCUUCUUGUUGGAAACUUCCAAGAACAAUCCGCUGUGGAACUUGACGGGAGUGACGGGAGAGCAAAUUUACAACUGGGGGUUGUACAGGAGUCCGCUGAUAGCUUACAUCAUCACUUGGGGUACCUCUGUGGGACAAGUGAUCGGGCUCAGGAUCGAUGGGAUUUGCGGCCUCAUCGGGGACUUGCUAUCGAUCGAUUACGGCGACGAGUCGGCCAAGUUGUGUGAGAGGAUCUGGAAGGAGCACCAACCAGACAUGAUCUGCAACUUCACGUCCGGGACGACUGAGUUCAUGAUCCGCGGGCUGGAGCGAGCCGGGAUGACGCACAUCCCCUUGGUUACGAUCGUAUCGGAUUUCGAAGGAAGGCCUAAUCGGAAACAGCCAUGGAUAGAAGACAAGCGCCAGUACGCCGUCUGUGGAACUUCAGUGUGCAGGCAGCAGGCGUUGAGCUUUGGGCUGCCCCCGAACCAGGUCUUCCAAACUUCGGGGAUGAUCUUGAGACCCGCGUUUUACGAGCCCCAAGACGACGAGCUCGACCUCAGCGGGAAGCUGAAGAAGCUCGGGCUCGACCCGGAGCGCAGGACCUGCUUGAUCUUCUGGGGAGGCGUCGCGAGCAACCGGGUGAAGGAGAUUGGGAUGGCGAUCACUCAGGCGUCAGAGAAGCUCAAUAUCAUCUUCCUCUGUGGGCGAAACCUGCAGCUUGCGCAGGACCUCAAGAAGAUCGAGUGGCCGUGUAAGGUGCACGUGGAGGGCUUCACGACUCGAGUCUCCUACUUCAUGAAGCUUUCCGACAUGAUUGUCUGCAAGCCCGGGCCAGGCGUCUGCUCCGAGGCUGCUCUGCUGGGCGUCCCCAUCCUGGUCGAGUGGUCCUGCUUCACCCUCCCGCAGGAGGUUGCCGUCUGCAAGUGGGUGCUGCUGCGAGGCCUUGGGUUGGGCUUCACCAACCCGCGGCAGCUGGUGUGGCAGGUGGACCGUAUGUGCAGCCUCUUGAACGAGCCAGAGGCGAAGAAGCUUCUGCGGCCGCUCCCAGUGGUCGAGAAGGGCCUGAGCGGCGUCGACCUGAACCCGGCAGAGAACGUGGCCGUGUUCGAGGUCCCGUCGAUCCUGCAGGAUGUGCUGGACCUGUACGCGAUGAAGCGAGACGCCAGCAAGUGA